AAUUUGACAUUUAUUAAUGGUAACGAUGUUUACAAGUAUUUUUUCUAAUUUAUGAUAUGACUCACUUAAUUUGAGUUAAAAGUAUUUUAUCUGUUAAUCUGCAUUGAACCUAUCAGAAUUUGCGAAGCAUAUCAAUUAAACCAACUCAAUUGAAUAAUGAAUCAAAGUUAAAUGUAAAAUUAUGUAACUUGAUUUGGUCCACUGCACAUCAGUAUCAAUUCUGUUUGGAUCAAAACAAACCUUCGGUUAUUUAUAGCAAAAAUGAGGAGGAGUAGUUUACAUGUAAAUAUAGAUUUUGUAAGAGUGCAAUUGCUAUCACACUCCUAAAAUGUUUGUACGAGAAAGAUUUUCUAAUUUUUAUUCAAAAUCUACUAAGCAGUAUCCUGGUGAAUUGGAUAUGAUAGAGCCAAACCUCUAUCUCAGCGGUGUAGCAGAAGCUCAAAACAUCGAAACUCUCAAAAAGUACAAAAUAACUCAUAUACUUACAAUUAAUGAUUAUCCAUUGACAUCCCUUGUUAAACAGGCCUUAGGUCAUCUCCAAAUGAAAUAUAUAAAGCUUCCAGAUGUGUGCUCAUCAGAUUUACUUUCAUAUUUUGAUGAAGCCUAUGAGUUUAUUAGAGAAGGUGUAAAUAAAGGAGCAGUACUAGUACACUGUCAAAUGGGUGUAUCCCGAAGUGCCACAAUAGUUAUAGCAUAUCUUAUGAAGAAGUACAACAUAACUUACAGGGAAGCAUUGGAUAGGGUGAAAAUGAAACGAUGUGUGUUUCCAAAUCAAGGUUUCGUAUCCCAAUUGGAAAGCUACCGGGACAUGGGUUAUACCACAAUGAGAAGAUACGAUCCCAGACUUGCCAGAUACAUGAUGAGAUGAACCGACAGUUUAACUACUAACACAGCUAAGUGCUGAUUGUUCCCAUCACUUUAUUUUCAUUCAUUUUAUUUAUGUACUUAAGGAUUCAAUAGAGGCAUAAACAUUCUAGAAAA